GUCCAGGUUCAGCAGUCACAGCCGGAAGCCACCUCCACGGACUGUGCACAGUGUCUGAAGGGCUUGUGCCCCGGGGCUGCCUGGAGCCUGGGGUGUCUCUGGAGCCAGGACUUUUUCUGGCAGAGGCCAAGGCUCACCGCUGUCAGACCUAUCCAUGACUGAAACAAACACAACCGGGUUCCCAGGGGCCACCAAUGCAUCAACCCCCACCCCUGAACUGGCCACCGGGGACCGGACAUGGCCUGUGAUGGUAGGGGUUGUGCUGGGGGCAGUGAUCCUCUCCAUUCUCAUCGCACUCGCUGCCAAGUGCCACCUCUGCCGCCAAUACCAGGCCAGCUACCGGCAUCGCCCGCUGUCCGGAGCAGGGGGUGGGAACCAUCCACAGGUGGGAGAAGAUGACGACGAUGAUGGCUUCAUCGAGGACAAUUACAUUCAGCCUGGGGCUGGUGAGAUGGAGACGACGGGAAGCCGGGACCACUUCUCCCUCUGAGCCCCAUCUUUGGACACUUCUUUCCAUGCCUGGCAGUGUAAAGACAGGGACACCUCAAGUCUCAGGGUCAGAAUUCGCUAGUACCUAAAGCUUGACCAGAAGCCUGUUUUCUGACACUGGUCGCCAAAGUGACAAUUCUGUUUCUCAUUAACUCUCCGUGGUGGCUCCCCGCUGUCCCAGGAUACAGCCUGACAGUGCAUGAACGAGUGUGGGAAGAGGCCCCUGUGAGCAGGCCUCUUUCUUGAUUUCUUUUUUGGUCCCACUUUCCUGCUUUACGCCCUCCUUGGGCUGCCUUGCCCCCCCCUCGUGAAGGCAGCCUUGACCAAGUCACAAGUGGGCCAUUAUUUCACACAGGCCCCAGCAGGAGAAGACCGUGCCAAACUUCUUACUGAAAUUUUUUUCUUAUCAAUAAAGUAUA